CACGUGAGUUCAGCAACAGCAGAGGAGAUCAAUAAUCAGUCAGUCAAAACGCAUCGCAGGUUUAUAUCCAGAGUUAUAUGCCUGUCAGACAUGGGCAGAAAAAAUAGAAACAGACAGAAACCUCAACAGAACAGAAGACCAGAGGGCAAAAGAAAUAGAGAUGACACUGGCUGGGGAGCAGGAUACUCGGAGAUCAUCAAGGAAAACAAACUCUUUGAGCAUUACUACCAGGAGUUGAAGAUUGUCCCAGAAGGAGAGUUUGAGGAGUUCAUGGAGGCCAUGAGGGAGCCUCUGCCAGCUACAAUACGAAUCACAGGUUACAAGAGUCAUGCCAAAGAAAUCCUUCAUACUUUGAAAGAGAAAUAUUUCAAGGAGUUACAAGACCUUGAGGUAGACGGACAGAAGAUUGAGGCCCCUCAGCCCCUGAGUUGGUACCCUGAUGAUCUGGCAUGGCACACCAAUCUGAGCAGAAAGAUCCUACGCAAAUCUCCUCUGCUGGAGAAAUUCCACCAGUUCUUGGUCAGCGAAACGGAAUCGGGAAACAUCAGCAGACAGGAAGCUGUCAGUAUGAUUCCUCCUCUUCUACUCCGAAUCGAGCCUCAACAUAAGAUUCUGGACAUGUGUGCUGCUCCAGGAUCAAAGACGGCUCAACUAAUUGAGAUGCUCCACUCCGACAUGGAUGUGCCUUUCCCUGAGGGUUUUGUAAUUGCCAAUGAUGUGGAUAACAAGCGAUGUUACCUGCUAGUGCAUCAGGCCAAGAGAUUGAACAGUCCGUGUAUUAUGGUGGUCAACCAUGAUGCCUCCAACAUUCCACGUCUGCAGUUUGAUAAUGAAGGGAAGAAGGAUGUCCUGUUUUAUGACAGGAUCCUCUGUGACGUGCCCUGCAGUGGUGACGGAACAAUGAGGAAAAACAUUGACGUGUGGAAAAAAUGGACAACUAGCAAUAGCCUGCAGCUCCAUGGGCUGCAGAUAAGGAUUGCUAUACGUGGAGUUGAACAGCUGGCAGUAGGGGGCAGGAUGGUGUACUCCACCUGUUCUCUGAAUCCCAUUGAGGAUGAAGCUGUCAUCGCUGCCCUGCUGGAGAAGAGUGAAGGUGCCUUAGAGUUAGCAGAUGCCACUGCAGAUCUCCCCGGUCUAAAAUAUAUGCCUGGACUCACAGUUUGGAAAGUAAUGACCAAAGAAGGUCAGUGGUACUCAGACUGGUCAGAAGUGCCGACAAGUCGACACGCACAUAUCAGACCCACCAUGUUUCCCCCAACAGACCCAGAAAAGUUGGCGAAUAUGAGACUGGAGAGAUGUUUGAGAAUACUGCCCCAUCACCAGAACACAGGCGGGUUCUUUGUAGCUGUGUUGGAAAAGAAGGCGCCCAUGCCGUGGAACCGCCGUUACCCAAAGCUUCAUAAUAAGGAGGCAAACUGCUUGAGUGAGGUGACCCCCGCAGAGGAGCUGCUGAAGGGGGAGUCAUCCGCUGAGGUCCCCUCUGUAGACAGCUCUCCCACUGACGCCCCGGUGGAAACAGUGGAGGGCGAGACUCCUGUAGAGGGAAACACAUUUGUUCCAGAUACCCCAGACCUCCAAGAGGCCAAGAAAGAGAAUGUUUGUGGCCCCCCUCCUCCAAAGAAGAUGAAACUCUGUGGCUUCAAAGAGGAUCCUUUUGUGUUUCUGACAGAGGAUGACCCCAUCUUUCCUCCCAUCCAGGCUUUCUAUGACAUCUCCUCCGAUUUCCCCAAGCUUAAUGUGUUGACUCGAACCCAUGAAGGCAAGAAGAGGCACCUGUACAUGGUGUCCAAAGAACUCCGCAAUGUUCUGCUCAACAACAGUGAUAGGAUGAAGGUUAUAAAUACAGGCGUGAAGGUGUGGUCCAGGAAUACAGAUGGUGAGCAGUUUGGUUGUGCAUUCAGACUAGCACAAGAGGGUAUUUACACACUGUGCCCCUACAUCAGAGCCCGAAUAAUCAACAUCAGCAUGGAGGACGUGAAAGUUCUCCUCACACAGGAGAACCCUUUCCUCAACAAGCUGGGAGAUGAUGCUCACAAUCAGGCUAAGAAACUGGAAAUGGGCAGCAUUGUUUUAAGAUACCAUCCAGAUCCAAAGGAUCCUGAUGCUCCUCAGUGCCCUAUAGAUUUGUGUGGCUGGAGGGGAAAAACAUCCAUUAGGGCUUUUGUCCCACGUAACGAGCGUCUUCAUUACCUCCGCAUGGUUGGGGUGGAAGUGUUCCUUGACAAACAGGGAAAGAGGAAUGACGGUCCAACAGAAGCCCAAAAAGGAAACACUGAAGAUGCUGAUGCUGAAGGUCUGGGCCAAGAGGGAGAUCUCUGGGAGAGACAGGAAGGCACAAAAAUGGAGCAAAAUGGUUCGGGGUCAACCAAUAAUGGCACAGAUCCUGUUGGCAGCACUUGAGACUGGCCUAUGAGUAAGAAGUUUUAACCUAAGCAGACAUUGUGGGUCAGGAGCACAUGAUGGAAAAAGAGACAUAUCCAAUGAGAUGGAAAGAUACCAGACAUUCAACCCUUCUCUAGACUGCUCAAUGGCCCAUUAGAACCUUAAUGGCUAGCCUCUAAAGAACUGUCAGAUUUGGAAACAAAAUGGCUGAUUUAUUUUUUUAUUUUUUAUAUUUUGAUUAAAGGAUUUUUUUCUUUUUGGUUUAGUGUCUGUUAGUUCAUGUCAAGAACCAGUUCAUGGGACAAAUUCAAAAGAAAAUCAUUAAAACGAGUUUUCUAAUAUUUGGUUAAACACAAGAGUUCACAAACGGUUAUUGUGUUAUUUGUCGAGACUCUGGAAUAAAGAACAUUUAUUGCCAUGGAUGUGUCAAACACAAUCUCCGAUAUCAGGGAAUAAAGUUCAUAGUGAUCUAUGAGUGUAAAUAGCACAAUGCACAGAACUUCAAAUGAUAAAAUCACAUUAGAUUUUAACAAAAAUAAUCACGGUCACUUUCUGCAACAUAGCAGGCCUAUUGUUUAUCAUUGGAAAAUGCGUAAUUCUGCCCAGGCAUGUUCACUUUCCAUGAGGCCGCGAACACUACUGUUUAUAGGACUUCUUUGGGAUGCUUUGAUUUUUAAAUGUUUCAGCAUUUAACUUGUGUAUUUAUUGUCUGCACACCAGAGCAAUAGUGGGAUCACUGUUUAUCAAGUGCUGAAACUUUGCCAGGUGAAAAACAAUCUGUAAUCAUGUAUAACAGUCACAUUAAGUCCUCUUUGCAACCUGAACUUCAUCAGAAUGUCGAUUUGUGACACAAGCACUGAAAAGGUUUGAUGCAGCGUAUGCAGUCUCGAGAGAGUGUUAAUAAAUAUUGAAAUUCUAAAAACUGUGACUGUCCUGCACAACGAAUUUUAAAACAGAACGCAGGUGUCUUGAGAUGCAUUUAUAAAUAUUAAAGUUGAGUUGUGGCACAAAGAUAAAGACGUCCAUCAAAUGCAUGUU